AUGAGCAGCUCUAAUCAUACGUGGAUAUACUCAUCGAAAAAGCCGCAACUUGUGUCCUUUCUCAAAGCAUACACAUUCGACGAUAUUCUCGAAUAUGCAAGUGUAGAAGAAUUAAGAAAAAUAAUAGUUAAAAUUUACAAUUCGGCGGAUCUUGGUAAAAAGGCAGAAAGAUCGGAAAUUGAGCAGCCUGCCACGGAAUCGUUACUAAGCAAAGAUAAUUCAAGCUCAGAUCUUCUCCCAAAGAAAGAAGACGAAGUAUUGUCACAUACAGAGUCGCAGUCAAGCGAUAUCGAAUCUACAUCGUCCAUCGAAAUGGAAGGUGAAAAAUGGGUAUUUAAUCCAAAGAAAGAAGACUGGGAAGCUUACAUCGAAAGACUUGAAUUAUACUUAGAAACAAAAGAUAUAACCGAUGAGAGGAAAAAGGUAGCUCACCUUUUGACUAAAAUUGGUCCAGAUAUGUACAAAACUAUACGCGAUUUGUGCGCACCAGCUAAACCAAAAGACAAAUCAUGGAAAGAGAUAACAGAUUUAGUAGAUAAUCACCAGUCUAAGCAAGCGCCGAAUGAAAGCAUCGCCGACUUUAUCGCACGUUUGAAAGAUUUGGCACUUCACUGCAAUUUCGCGGAUUUGAAUAAUACGCUGAGGGAUCAACUGGUCUGUGGUGUAACGGAUCAUGGCACACGGGUGGCUUUAUUCAGCGAGGAAAAGCUCACCUACGAAAAAGCAGUCAAUAUUGCUACUACACGGGAGUCAGCGCUUCGUAACGCAAAAUGCACGGACAAGGCAUCGUCAUCCUCAGCGGACUCAUCGAUUCAUCACGUCACUGCAAAUCAACGAAAUUACGGUAACAAAAAUUUAAAAAAAAGCGAAAAGCCUAACACAAGUCGCAAAGCUACAUUCAGAAAUAAUGAUAAGAAAUACAUUUGUUUUUGCUGCGGUUUGGUUAACAACCAUUAUUUGGAUAAAUGUAGGCUAAGAAAUAAAGUUUGCAAUUCGUGUGAAGAUUCUGGAAAAUUGAUCGCGAAAAGAAACGAAGUAUCGAUUAAUCAUAUUAAUGCCGAUCCCAUGUUCGAAAAUGUAGAAAUCUCAAAUGUUAAUAUAAGGAUGGAAAUCGAUUCAGGAGCUUAUGUUGCGGCAAUGUCAGAAAUAAACAAAAAUAAAUAUUUCCCAGAAGCGAAAUUAUCGGCAUGUGACCUUUACCUAUCUAGUUACGGCCAGAUACAAUUGAAUCCUAUCGGUAUGUUGAAGAAUAUACGUGUGAAAUUUCGAAAUAGAGAGCGUACUUUAGAUUUGUAUAUUAUGAAAGGCGCCGGCCCCACACUAAUGGGGAGACAAUGGCUUAAGGAAUUCGGGUAUUGGCCGUUGAAAUUCGAAGAAACAGUUAAUUCGAAAAGUUCUGAUAUACAUUAUAUACAUAGUGAGCUGAAAGAGAAAUUCUUAUCGCAAUACCCAACCUUAUUCUCGGACAAACAAGGUACUUAUAACGGGCGAAAAAUAAAACUCGUGUUGAAGGAUAAUUUCAAACCUAUACAGUUAAAACCGUAUCAUGCUCCUUUUGCCUUAUCAAAAAAAAUCACGGAUGAAAUAAAUCGAUUAGUACAAGCAGGUAAUUUAGAACCGGUAGCUUGCAGCGAAUGGGCAACGCCCGUAAUUCCUGUGCUAAAAAAGAAUGGUCAAGUGAGAUUAUGUGGUAAUUUCAAAGUAACCGUAAACCCAAAUCUAGUGAUAAAAAAACACCCGAUUCCAAUCAAAGAAAAAAUUUUCAAAACUUUGCAAGUAGGCCAAGCAUGGUCUCAAAUUGAUUUAACGCACGCUUUUAUGCAAUUUGAAGUGGACGAGGGUUCACGCGAUCCAUUGACAAUAAUUACGGAAGAUGGUUUGUACAGGUACACUAAAAUGCCUGAAGGCAUUGCCUCAAGCCCUGCAGAAUGCCAGGAAAAUUUAGAAGGUAUUCUGAAGGAUAUACCCUUCACAGAAAUUUAUAUUGAUAAUAUUUAUUGUACCGGUCGAACAACGGAGGAACACAUUAAAAUAUUGGAAGAAAUUUUUCGUAGAUUAGUUAAUGCUGGUUUAAGAGUUAACGUCAACAAAUGUGAUUUCUUUAAAAAGGAAUUAGAGAUCUUAGGUUUCUUAAUUGAUGAAUCCGGGCUAAAGCCAGCGCCAUCCAAAAUUUCAGCUGUGAAGGAUGCUCCUACACCAAAAAAUAGUAAAGAGUUAAAAGCUUUUUUAGGCUUAUCGAAUUUCUACGAAAGAUUUCUACCGGAUAGAGCUGAACAUGUAAAACCAUUAUAUGAUUUGUGCAAUAAAAAAGUAUGGGAAUGGACGAAUGAGUGCAAAAAAGCUUUUCAGUGGUUAAAAGACCAAAUUACGUCAAACAAAGUGCUAAUGUUAUACGACCCGAAGUUACCCCUGGUACUAGCGUGUGAUGCAAGUCACUACGGAUUAUCGGCCGUACUGUCACAUAGAUUACCAGACGGCUCGGAACGUCCCAUCGCUUUUGCAUCGAAAAUCAUACCGAAAUCGGAAUUACAUAGAGCAAUUCUAGACAAAGAAGCGGGCGCGAUCAUAUUCGGGUUCCGCAAAUUUUAUCAAUACGUGUACUGGUCAAACAUUACACUAAAAACCGACCAUGAACCUUUAAAGUACAUUUUUGGAGCAAACAAAAACUUAUCCGUCAUGAUACAAAGUCGAUUAAUUAGAUGGUCGUAUUUCCUUUCGGGAUUUACGUACGAUAUCGAAAUAGUAAAAUCUAGAGCUAACGGCAACUGCGACGCAUUAUCGAGAUUACCCGCUACUGAUAACACACCAGUAUUCGAUACAGAUUUCUCGAGUAUUAAUUAUAUUUGUGAAGGUUAUCAUUCUUUAGAUUUUAAACGCAUCGCAACGGAAACUGCAAAAGAUUCGGACUUGCGAAACGUCAUUAAUUAUUUACAAGUAAUAAUUCCAAAAUCAUUACAUUCCGAAGUUCUAACCGAAUUGCAUGCUUCGCAUUUGGGAACCGUGAAAAUGAAGCAAUUAGCGCGAAAUUAUUUUUGGUGGCCUAACAUCAAUGACGAUAUCGAGAUUAUUACCGCAUCGUGCAAAAUCUGUUUAGAGUCGCGCGUAGCAACGCCAAAAGUACCAUUAACGCCUUGGCCCUGGCCCAAUAAUCCUUGGAGCCGAAUUCACACCGAUUUCUUAGGACCUUUUCACGGAUGCAUGUUCUUAUUAAUUUUGGACGCGCAUACUAAAUGGCCAGAAAUAAUCAAUAUGAAAAAUAACACGCAAGCCGACAGUACUAUCAAAGCUUUCAAGAAUGUUUUUAGUAGUUUCGGUUUACCACAUCACGUCGUAAGCGAUAAUGGUCCUCAGUUUAGAAGUGAAGGAUUCCAAUCCUUUCUCAAACGUAACGGUAUAAAGCAUUCGUUCUCACCACCGUAUUAUCCAGCGACAAACGGAGCUGCCGAAAAUUUCGUGCAAACGUUCAAGGACAAAGUCGAUAAAAUAGUCAGGGACGCAUGGCUCAUGUUUAAAAGGGAAUUACGUACUCGUUUUGAUUCAUUAAAGCCGAAUUUAACUUCUGAAAUCGAGAAAAAACAAUACGAGCAAGUGAAAAAUACUAAAGGAAAACGUAACUGUAACUUCGAAUUAGGCGAAAAAGUGUAUGCGAAAGAUUACAGAGCAAGCUCUAAAGGCCGCUCGGAAGGAACUGUAAUCAAGAAAAACUCGACUUCUACUUUUAACGUUAGAUUUGAGGACGGCUCAGUUUCUAAAAGGCACAAGAAUCAAAUCAUUAAAACUGAGCUAAAUAACAGUCUCAAAGUCGGGGAGAAUGCGAGUGAACUUGUCAAAUGUAAGAAGGCGUCAAAAGCGAGCACACGAAUGUAUGUCAGAGAGAGCACGGUCUCCCCGGGCUCUAGUGGUUCGGGCAGUCUGUUUUGGGGAUUAGGACCAAACAGUCAUUCGUCUCUUGUAUCAUUGUUAGAAUAG